AUGGCUGCACCCACGAUUUCCACCAUGAUCGACCCAACCAAGCAGGCUGAGUACCCCAUUGUCUUGGGGGAACGACUGGCAAAGGAAGAAGCCACCGGCCGAUUGAUCAACGUCAACUAUAAUUACAAAACCAAGUCCAGCACACCGACCCAACGCUCGACCAUCACCCGUUCCUCCCUGUCGCGCGAUCUCUAUGACCUUUCCGUCACCGAUAAGCCCCCGGGCGCCGAUCACAACCUGACGUAUGCCUACCAAGGCAGCGAGGACCCGGUCGACGAGCGCAGCCUCGUGCUCGUCUUCGACCCCGAUCGGAAGGUCUUUGUCCUGGAGUCGGUCGCGACCAAGUUGAACUUCAACCUCCGAUCACGGCCGGGCAAGUCGGAGAAAGAGGUUCGCCACGAGAACCUGGAGCUGCUGCCAGUCUACCACGAGGACGAUCAUACAUCUUCGGACGAUCGCAACGCUACCAAUACAAGUGAAGAUGAAGGCCCGGCCGAUGAGAGCAACCCUUAUGAUUUCCGCCAUUUCCUUCAAAAGGGUGUGGAGAACCAGCCGACCUUUACUUCUGGCGCCACCACGCCGGAGCCGGUCAGCACCAGCAAAGCGACAACACCAGUCAUCCACGCCUCGAAGCCGGCCCCGGCCCCGGGCCCGGUCCCGAAACCGAUGCCUCGCCCGAAAAAGCAAUCUAAUCCACUGCGAGCACCCAAGCGCCCAGCGAAGCCUCAGGCUUCCUCGAAACCGCCUCGGUCAACGCCAGAGCCGCCCGCAGCGCCGACUCCGCGUGUGGACCCACCCGAAGACGACGUCCGGUCCUCACUCUCAGAUGCGGGCACCGGCUCCGCAUCACAGCAGACAGUUCAAUCUCCGAAUUCCAACAUCAUUGUCGAUGGUGAUCUGAUCAUCGAUAUGGGCUCACCGCCCCCGACCCGAGCAUUCAAGGUCAACCCGGCCUACUUCUCUUCCAACAAUACCCCCGAUGAUCGCGAUGAUGACGAAGAAGAAGAAGAGGAGGAGGAGGAGAUGGAUAGUUUCCGCCUUCCUUCUCCUGCUAAGGAUACCAAGCCGCCACCAGCAGAGAAUGCUGCCGAGUCUGCUGGUGGCCAAGUGGGCAUGGGUGAGGAUGAUGAUUACGACCCUCUCGCAGCAGAGAUGGAAGCGGCAUUUGAAGAAAGUGCUCGCGAGGAACAAGUCGAACCACGACAAUAUACACAGACUUCGACCUCGGCACGGUACAAUGUACCGAGCGAUGAUGAAAGCGAAGUUAGUGAAGAGGAGUAA